GGAUCUAUAGGCCUGGACCUCUGGGGGCUAUCAGUUGCUUCAGUGUACCCAACAGAUACGACAAAGAUCCCCGAUUUCCCUGCUUCGACGAGUCACUCUGGUCAUUUCUAGACCACUGCCUUCCCCGCCCCUGAACCUCACACCGUAACACACUUCCCAACCCCAAACCAUUGUUCCUAUUGCGAACUCUGCACAGCCGCCUUCAUUUACAUACUUCAUCGGCACGGCCUACGCGUCAACCUAUGUCUUCGUACGGGGUGGCGGCCCAGCCUAGUGCUUUCUCGCUGUCGAUAGGGCCUUUGACCACAUUUCCGACCACCCGUCCGAGGGCGAUAUCUUGGCCGACGAAGAUGACUGCUGGAACGGCUCAAAUUGUGGCCCCAGGGAUCAACACUUUGCACAUAGCGUACCGCCCGGGCGUCACAGAUCGAGGUCAACUGUAUCUGCACUUCCGCACAUACGCUGGUUUUGAAAUGUUUGCGUUCUACGAUCACUACUGCUUUGUCCGCUUCGCUUCCACGGAUUUUGCUCGAGAGGCGCUGAUGAGACGCGUUCCUGUUGGCAUCAUCACGUUGGAGCCAGCGCAGAAGAACUAUCGAGUCCCAUAUCCACAACCUGAAGAAGAAACUGCACCGUCCAAGGCGAUUCAUGUGACGCAUUUGCCAACCAACUAUUCGAAGGAUGAGAUGUGCAAGGUGUUCCGUGCGUUCCCAGGAUUUCUUAGCAUGCAGUUCCACGGCAAGUACGCGUACGUUUUCUACGAGAGUGGCAUGGCGGCGUCGAAAUGCUGGAUCACGCUCCGCCAGGAGACCAACCUUGUCGUGAGCUAUGCCAAGAACGCAAAGGAAAUGGAUGCUCUUUCAGAAGCCUUGGAACAGAUAUGCAUCGCGAAUACAGGAAAUUAUAGUCGCGAAGCAUUACUGAGAGGGAGCUAUCAAGGCAUCUCGGGACCUCGCCAGCAUUACGGUUAUGAUGAUAGAUACACGUUCCUGCCUCGAGACAGCAUCAGACAGCUGGAUGCCGACAUCAAGAAUGACUUCGAGAAGCUCCUCAGCGAGUCCCAUUGCCGACUCUGCCCUCCUCCAAUCGGAACACAAGUACACCCAGGGAAACCGCAGUCAAAUGGCGACGAAGAUGAUGCUACAUGGUUCAGUGACUCGUCUUGCGACAUCGAACAAUCCCUAGCGAGUGACGUCGAUUCGAUUGCACCAGACCUUCUCAAAACUGGCACUCGCACCCGAAACAGUUCUACCAGCACCUACAGUCCAGACGACCCGACGAGCAAAAACGCCCACAGAUUAUCGGAGCCAUCUUCAUGGGAGCCCGCUCGUGGCCACGCGUUCCCGGUCGCAUUCACAGAGCGGGCACAGGCACGGGACCCAUCUGUUCUCCACAAGCCCCCCAGAUAUCAUCGAGGCUCAGUCGGGGACAUGGAAACUUCAGGAACGGCAGGAAAAUACUUCUCAGCGACGCUGCCGCGAUUCAUGGGCUCCGUUGCUCACCAAAUAUCUGAGGAAGACCGGAGCCAAGAGAGCGAGCAGCCACCGCUGGGACGCCGAGGGAGCUGUCCGAACCCUUUUCAAACUGCUCCGGCAGCCCCUCAACACUCAUAUCACCCGCAACGCCCGCACGCCACCAUAAUUGGAACCUGGCCUCGCGUACCGACGUAUCCUCUUUCUGUAGCAUUCGACCCGCAACAUUGCACGGCUCCCGCAUCCGAAGCAAACGUGCAGCUCGUGUAGCGACAAUCGGCACGCCCCUUCCAUACUACAUACAUCAUCACGAACUUCACAAACCACCCGUUCCAAAGCACCAUCGUUCAUUCGCCGACAUUCCAGCCAAACUCCUUCCUUGCCUCUGUUCCUCAAAUUGGAUAUUUAUCACGCGCCAUGGUUCUCAUAAGGCUUGUUUGACACUCGUGUUUUGACAGCCGGGACCAUACUUUCUGGACUGGAGGUCGGAGAGACAAUGGAUUCACGAGCAUUCUAUACUCAUCCUCGCUUGCCGUUGCUGUCUGCCUCCUCUACGUUGUAUUGCACAUAAUUUGUUUUU